UGCACCAAGAGCUUGUAACACUCCAAAGAGAAAGGAAAAAUUGAAAUCACAUCAUAUGACCCCUUUAAAAAGAGUUAAGUGCAAUAAGUUGCAGAAAACAACUCAUUGCCGUCUCAUCUUGGUGUCUGACACACCUGAAGCGCGCAUACAAGCUGCAUCUUGCACAGCGGGUGCUUCUCAAAUGAAAGGGUGCAUCCUACCGAGGCUGCAUCCUGCCUAGUUCAGUACUUCAGAGGCUUGUAGACUAGAGUCCUCCUCGGCAUUAAAUGCUAGAAUGAGACGCUGUAGUAAGUGCGUGUGGCUACGUCAUAUAUGUUUGCCCGCCCUCACCGUCAUAACACAAAUACACUAAUAAAACUUAGUUUUUAUAUCACAGCCCUAUUAGAACUUAAUUAAACUUACGACCCACCAUUUGAAAAGCGUGGUUUAGUGUCAAGUUUCAGUUAGGCUACAUUACAGUGCACAUAACUGUAAGUAUCAUAACCAUGUUCAUCUUCAUAAAAUUGAUUGCACAAAGCUUUCAGUUUCCUGUGGUCUGAUGUGUUACUUCCUAAUUCACCCAUUGUGUGAGUUUCGACUCUUUCCUCACACUCGCUGUAAUGGAGUUGUUCAUCUUCAUAGUGUUUCAGCUCCUGAUGGAGGUUCAGUCUUACAAUUCACUUCCGAAACCCAUCAUCAGUGUUAAUGUUGAUGAUGUCCAGCUCACCAUAUCAUGUGAAAUACCACUUUCAGUCAGAGCUGAUUUCAUCUGUAGUCUCUACACUGAGGAUGAUGUUCUUCUGUAUCAACGUGUCUCUCAGUGGAGUCAGUCUGGAAAGAAUCUUUGUAUGUUUUAUUUAAGUCGUAGUGAACUCUUCACACGAUCAGUGAACAGCAGACAGCUGAUCUGUGUUUAUUCACACAAGACUAAACUUGAGAUCAGAUCACCACGCAGUGACACAUACACCAUCAGAAACACAGUCACCAUCAGAGAUCUUCCUCAGGCCAAGUUGAGAGUGUCUGCUUCAGUUAUUCUGGAAACAGACACAGUUGAGCUGAGCUGUGAGAAUACUGAAGAUCUGAAGAUGCAAAAGUGUUUCUUCAACAUAAAUGGAAGAGAAAGAAACUCAAAACAGAGCUCAUCAUGUCAGCUCUCACUCACUGGAUCUCAGAUCAGUGUUUGGUCUGGAGGUCAGAGUUCAUCUGUGAGAAUAAGCUGCUUCUACACUGUGACUUUGUCACAAGUUCAAAAACCAUCUGCUCACUCUGAUCCAGUGACAGUAACAGUCCAGAGUGAGUCUGUUAAUAUACUCAUGUGA